AUGACCAUCACGCUAGAUGAUGUUUCAUGUCUUCUUCAUGUACCGAUUAGGGGCAAGCUGGUUGACCCCGACUCUGUUGUCACUGAUUGUGAUGCUAUCCAUCUAACUGUUGAGUUGUUUGGUGUUUCACUGAGUGAUGCAACUAGGGAGGCUUCUUCUGUAAGGGAUCCUUAUUCUAAAUUGGAUUGGUUGAAGCAAGUUUUUCAGCAACAAAGAGCUGCAGAUAACUUUAUAGGUGCUACCAGAGCAUACAUGAUGUUGCUGUUUGGCUGUACUAUUCUUGCCGACAAGACUUUUACUCUUUUCGAGCUUGGCGGUUAUGCCUCUCUUCUUCAUGUACAAAAUUUUACUUAUGAUUUAGUUUGUUGGAUUCAUGAGUAUUUUUCAACUGUUGGAAAGAGAGGUACUUCUGGGUUAUGUUGCGUUGAUAGUCCAAUGGCUAGGGCGAUGAAAUGGGAAUAUAGGCAGGGGACGCAAAAAGUGGAUGACAUUCGAGUUGUGUUAGAUCAGUUGACCCCCCACGAUAUCAUCUGGCGCCCUUUUGAGGAUCAUAGGCAGCAUCGUGCUUUGGAUGAUAUUUGUUUGUACCGGGGUGGUUUGAAGUGGUAUGGUACUAUAGUGCUAUAUUUACCUGACAGGUGUAUGCAUCAGUUUGGAUAUAGACAGUACAUACUGAUUGCUCCUCCAUUGACAAAUCCGAUUCAGUAA